AAUGCUGCCUCUCUUUCUACCACCCCUGCUCACUUUGCCUUGUGCUGUUUGCGGCUAGUGCCUCGACUGGAAAUCCCUUCGCAUGUGCCAUUCGCUUGUGAAUGCCAUGUGACAGCCUGGCUGCGGUGCUGAUCGGCCUCACGGGACUCUCAGCCUCAUGUCUUCUGCUAUGGCUUCUGCUCCAUCGCAAUCACCACCACUAGACGCCGAGAUGGAGUUCAUUCAUCCUGAGCUCGGCAUUCGUGGGUCGCUUCGUACGGCGAUGAAACGAUCGGCCGCUCUCCACGAGAAGAUUGCAGAAGCCAGCACGACCAAAGAUCAAACUGCCAUGGAAUUGGAUGAGGCGCCUACCAACUCAUCGAAGCUACCAACAAAGGCUCAGAAGGCUUCGCAAGCUCGUGCAGCGACGACUUCGAACGUGAAGAAACGGAAAUUGGCUUCGAGUAGCAAGGCGACGAGACCUUCGAAGCGAGUCGGUACCGUACCGCCUUCACCUGCAAUUGAUGCAUCGGAGUCUGCAUCUGCAAACGAAAGCAAGACCACCCUGCCGCAAACGCCUGAUCAGUCUUUGACCGAUACCUUACUCGAUGAUCGCGAGUCCAGCCCUCUAUCUGACGUCCCCCCUUCACCGAUACUUGAGGCGGGAAAACGAGCCCAGGGGAUAGUGAGCAAAGAUGGGGUAGGGAAAUAUGGUCAUAUACUGGGCAAGAAGACCUUGACAACGAAAUCGGCCGCACUGGAUCUGAGCACGCCUCCCGACGACAUGAUAUCCAAGACCAUCAUUGUGACGCCCGUGGUCAACAAAAACGCUCAAUUGUUGACCCCGCCCGAAUCGGCUCGUCGAAGCGAAAGUGAGGAGUUGCUGUCUGCGAAGUCCGCCAGUGAUGGGAAACGCAGUAGACGGCCGACGACCUUCUUUGGCGCCCCUGUUGCUACUGCGACUGCCGUUGAACUCGAGCUGGAGCCUGCCGAUGCUACAACCAUUACCAAGGUCUCGACUGAAACGAAAAAGGUGGUCCUACGUGUGCCAAAAGCCGUGUCGCUCCCUCAGCCCUUAUCCUCACACGCGCCGCUCCCACCUCCGCCGACGAUACCCAUUGUCCUUCCUGAACCGGAUGCCAUCAAGCUCGCACUUUCGCAAAGACUCACGCACAGGCAACCCCUCGAAUCCAAGCCUCUACCACAAGGCCGUCCGGACGUAUGGGCCGAGUCUCGUCAAGCCCUCUGCGAGACGUUGCCCUACUUCAAAAAGCCUCAAGGCGGAUGCUAUCAAAACGAUGGUCACGUCUACGGCUUCCUAUUCGACAGCGUCGGUCAUUGUCGCGAGUACAUGGACGAAGACAUCAUCAUCGCUCGCGCCGGAGGAAGUAUGGAAUCCGAUGGAGUGGGCAUGGUGCAGCGCAAAGACCAGCUCAUUCAAGACUGCCAAGUGCAAUCUGUGUUGAACGAUAUGGCGCACCACAAUCCUGUGGUGGUGAUCUGUGGCAAUCGAAAUGAGAAGGCGCCGUGUAGGAUGCCACAUCAGUACUGUGUGCUGGAUUGGUACAAGCCGGUCAUGGUGUGGUCGGAGAAAACUGCUGGCAAAGGCAAGAAGGUAUGGACGACGGUGAAGUAUCGUCUCGAGCGACAGAAUCAUCGCCUCAACUCUCCUUGGCAUGCUCCUCAAGAUGCUGCUGAACCAUCUCUUGAACACCAUGAAAUCGCUGGAGAGCUUGUGAAACGGCCAUGCGAGCAUUGUGGAAUCGAAUGGCCACAAGUCUAUCUCAGAGCGUGGAUGUGUCUCAACCAGGAUUGCGCUGCCUUCUGGAAAGUCAACCAUGCGGAUGCACCGUACGGCACUGAUGGGCUGGAAUACAAUCCUGCGUUUCUUCUACACCGGGCCGCAUCCUGGGCAUCAGGUGGACAAGAGAUCGAGCCUGCUCCAUUACGACCUGCGUUGCCAGACUUUGGCAACACCAUCGGGGACACAUUGACGCACAUCAACACCAGAGGUAUCUGCUGCCCCGAGUGUGGGAGAUGCAACUCACGCCGCCUGUUCUCUGGUUGGAAAUGUGAAAACCGCACGUGCAACUUUGCUCUACCUGCCAAUCAUCAGCCAGUGCAACCGUUGAUGCUUCACACUCCAUGGGAUGUUGCGCCAACCUUGGUCCGUAACUCGCGUGGCGCUGGAGUUGAGAUACUGGUCGAACACAAGCACGGCUACAAGGUUACCACCUACACUUUUCCGGAGAUUGAGGGUCGAUUCAUCCACGCUGCCGCUUCCAAGCCUGUCAUAUUGGAGAAUGGAGGCCCGAAUGAGAUGUUUGCUUCCAUGCAAAGUCAGGAUCUUGGACUUGAGCGUCGCACUUUUGCGAUAAAGAAGAUGGGCGCCGCCAGCUACAAGGCUGAGAAGGAGGUCCAAGUUGAGGGUCUGGCCCCGUCGGCUGUGCAAGAAGCCGCACCACCCAAUGUGUCCCAAGAUGACAUGGAGCAAGAGGCAGAGACCGAGAAGAAACCCGAAUUCGUCGACGGAGACCUGAUGACCGCCUUCUCAAUGAACUACGGCAUGCCCUAUAAAUUCGUCGCCAGCGGCGCAAGUCGUUCCUUCGAAGACGGGCCCGAAGCAGUGAGAGAGGCUCGCCGACGACUGAAUUGGGCCACCCGCACAUUUCUGAAUCGACCAGAGGAGGACCAAGACCUGAACGAAGCGUUGAUCUUCGCUUACCUGCAAGGCCAAAAGAUCGAAUACCACGACGACGGCGAGGAGGGUCUCGGUCCCCGCAUCGCCACCUUGUCCCUAGGCGGCCGAGCAAAAAUGCACCUGCGUAUGAAAAUGAAGCAUCACAACGGGUGUUCGAAAAGCGGCAUCUUGACAGAAGAGCGGCCUAGGCCCGGCGGCAUCGAGUACGAGAAGCGGCUAGAAGCAUGGAACGCGCUGCAACCUCUCAAACAAACCGAUCCAGCGGCAUACAACGCUCGUCGAAAAACGAUCCCCCGCGAGAUCGGCAUCUACGAGAAGCGCGGCAAACGCCCGGAAGACUUGGUCACCGUCACGCUGAGCCAUGGCGACGUGGUGGUCAUGGAUGGAUAUGAGAUCCAGAAGUUCUUGGAGCACAAGGUCGUGCCCGAGGGGCAUUUGCGCUUUGCGAUUACGUGUCGGACCGUGCUGGCGGGGCAUUUGAAGCCGGAGGAGAUGCCGGGGUAUGUGGUUGAGGAGGAUGCGGUGAGGUAUGAGGGGCCGGGGAUAUGAGGUCGCCGGGGUGGAGAGAGGUAUUGGAAUGGGGCGGGCGGCUACGUACAGUAAUUCGCGGUAACGCUGGUGUUCUUUCGUCGACUGGAGGAAUCGACGUUCUUGGAACGAGAGCUUGGAGAUUGUUCAUGCAUUGAUCGACGGCGCUCCGGAACGUUCCCCGUGGGGUGAGGGUGGGGAGAAGCAGCACACCCUCCCAGCCCAGCCCUGUCUCACCGCAACUCGCCACAUUGCAUCCAAGAGCUCAUGCACAUGCAAUUCGCAAUUCAGCCUAAGGAACCUCAUGCACCCUCCCGGCGCGGCGGCUAAACGCCCGCAUGAUACUCUCUCUCCUUCGGCAGAAGCGAGACGUAGCAUCGCGCAUGAAUCGCCACCAGCUCUUAUCUGCCUUACCCUCCUUGGCUUGGAGUAGUCCAGCCCACACCCACCACCCUUCGCGGGGAAUGGCG